ACAGUUAACCAUUUUCUUUCCAAUUCACUAUUUUCUUGAGUAAAUCCAUUAAGGAGAUGACCAGAGGUUCCAUGCAAAUAAACUCCAAAACAAGAAAGAUUAACUCUGAUCUCUCUCUCUCUCUCUCUCUCUCUCUCUCUCUCUCUCUCUCUCUCUCUCUCUACUGUUAGUGUUCCCAAAAUAGAAGAAGACAGAAAACUCUCUCUUUUGCUCAGUACUUGAGGACCCCGUUGUUGAUUCCUGUUCCUUCUUCCAGUUCUUCAUUUUUUACUUGCUCCAGCCUCACUACCUUUUCUGGGUACCCUCUGUUUUUUUUUUUUCCACAUAUAUAAAAACAAAAGAAGAAGAAGAUGAAGAAAGAGAGCAACUGUGUCAUCCCUAUCUAUCUGUGUGUGUGUGUGUGUGUGUUUAUAUAUAAAUGAGUGUGUAUGUGCAGAGAGUGAAUAUGGAGAAAUCAGAGAAUCGAAGACACAAGGGUCCUACUGCUUGAUUUUUGGCGGGCAGCAACGGUCACGUUCAAUUAUACCUCACCCAUCUAAUCCCACUUCCAUAUUGCUGCUGCCGAUCUGAUUGAUUUUCAUUUUCCCUACCCACUUCUUUAUAUAUAUAUUGGCGAUCGAUUAAUUAGUGGCUGAGGUGGGUAUUGGGUACUGUGAGAGCUUUCCCCAGAUCGAUCCCAGCAGUCAUAUGAGGAGACUUUCUGCUCUGGCGGACGUGCUUCUGGUACUUGCAUUCUUCAUUGAAGAUCCAUGGGUAGCAUGGGGCAGUUCAUAUUGUAAGCACACAAACUCAGUGAAAACUCGCCCUCACAGUGUUUCCAUUACCGAGUUUGGCGCAAUCGGAGAUGGGCUUACUCUCAACACUAAAGCAUUUCAGAAUGCCAUCUUCUACCUGAAUUCAUUUGCAGACAAGGGUGGUGCCCAGUUGUUUGUCCCAGCUGGCCGGUGGCUGACCGGAAGCUUUGAUCUUAUCAGUCAUCUGACACUGUGGCUUGAUAAGGAUGCUGUAAUUCUUGGAUCAAUGAACUCUGAUGAUUGGCCAGUUGUUGAUCCUCUCCCAUCAUAUGGCAGAGGGAGGGAAUUGCCUGGUGGAAGGCAUCGAAGCCUAAUUUUUGGACGCAACUUGACUGAUGUAGUUAUAACAGGUGAUAAUGGAACUAUUGAUGGCCAAGGCAGUGUCUGGUGGGAAUGGUUCCGAAACAAAACCCUGGACUAUACUCGGCCACAUUUGGUCGAGCUGAUGAAUUCUACUGGCUUGUUCAUCUCAAACCUGACUUUCUUGAACUCACCAUUUUGGACCCUUCACCCUGUAUAUUGCAGCCGAGUUACUGUUCGAAAUGUCACAAUCCUUGCUCCUCUUGAUUCACCGAACACAGAUGGAAUUGAUCCAGACUCUUCUGAUGAUGUCUGCAUUGAGGACUGCUACAUUAGCACCGGUGAUGAUCUGAUUGCCAUAAAAAGUGGGUGGGAUGAGUAUGGCAUAUCAUAUGCACGUCCAAGCAAACACAUCACUAUCCGUGGGCUCGUGGGAGAAACCCGGUCAAGUUCAGGGAUCGCAAUAGGAAGUGAGAUGUCUGGAGGUGUGUCUGAAGUGCAUGCAGAAAACAUUCAAUUCUUUAAUUCAAAUACAGGUAUCAGAAUAAAAACCUCCCCAGGAAGGGGCGGUUAUGUGAGAAACAUCUUCAUAUCAAACAUAACCAUGGCUGAUGUGAACAUAGCUUUAAGGUUCACUAGUCAGUAUGGGGAGCACCCAGAUGAGUUUUAUGACCCCACUGCUCUCCCUGUAAUAGAAAAAAUCACCAUUAAAGAAGUCACAGGACAGAACAUUAAAUUUGCAGGCCUUCUUGAAGGUUUAAAAGAGGAUAAUUUUGUCAACAUUUGCCUAUCCAACAUUACCCUCAAAGUUACCUCACCCUCUCCAUGGAACUGUUCAUUUAUUCAAGGAUAUUCUGAGUGGGUUUCUCCGGAUAUAUGUCAGCCUCUCAGAGAGAGGAUCUUCCCCAAGCAUUACUCAGACUGUUAUCGUCUAUAAAAUUACUCGCAGAUGCAGAGUGAUAAAAGAGAGGAUCUUCUGUGAAUGUUAUCCAUUAUUAGUUGAAUUUUUUUUUUUUUUGUUUUGCUUUCCAUUUCUCAAACAUUGCCGCCCAUUGGCUUGGCAAGAAAUGAUCACCUAACAUGAAAAUUGAGUGAAGUUGGUAAAAAUGGAGUGGAGUCUUUAAUCUUCGAUUGUUAACUUGUGAGAUGGCAUUGAGAGCUGAUUGUUUCUUGUAAUUUUGUGUGCAGCAAUAAAUAAUUGAGUGUUUUGUUUGAAUUGAAA